UGAGAGAGAAAGUGUGUGGAGGCUCACGGCUAUGCAAAGACCGUGUGGUGGAGUUAUAUUGCCAUUACGCACUGUUACGCACGGACACAUACUUCCAGGAGUAGAGCGCUGAGCGUAAAGGAGCGGGAUUUUGGAUUCCUCACAUAUACAGAAAGAAGAAAGAAGUUUUCAUUUAAGUUCAGAUCACCUUCAGAGCGGAGCAGAGUCAGCUGCCAUUCAUCUGCACAGGAAUGGUGGAUCACUUGCCGAUUGGUGAGGAGACCUUCCUGUAUUAUACCGGCUCCCCAAGGUCUGACUACAGCUGCCUCUGUCGCAUUACCAAUGAUGGCAUGUCGCCAGGCAUCAUGGUAACGGACGCCUGCAUCUACCAUCACCACCCUUACCAAGGGGUGACGCUGUCCUCCUCCCCUCGCCUCUCCGAGGAUGACCUCAGCGACUCCUCCAGUCCUCGCUCAUCCCUCUGCUCCAGCCCCGAGUCUUCAUCGCCGGUAUCGCGGCACAUCCUCGGCUCCAGCUAUGAAAGUAGGAGCAGCAGGAGCAGUGGAAGCUGCAGUUCGUCAGGAGGAGAGAGUCAAGACAGUCUGCUGGACCUCCUGCUCUCACAGGCCUCUCUAACCACCUCAUUAGGCUCUAACGCCAGCAGCAGCUCUCUCUCUUCUCCUCUUUCGUCCUCUCUUUGCGUCUCCUCCCCGCCCUCUUCUACCUCCUCGUCUCCCGCUGCCCCGUUUUUGCCCAUGGGCCUGGCUUGGGAGUCCAAGAGGGAGCAGAGGCUGAGUCUCCUCCAGCAACAGGCCAAAGAGGACUGUUACGAGUUUCCAGUCUUCCUUGAUGAGCUGCAGGAUCCUGCAGCGCUCCUCUUCCAGCCCACUCUGGAGGAGAUCGAGGAGUUCCUAGAGGAGAACAUGGUGGUGACGAUGGAGAAAGAAGAGGAGGGGAGCGAUGAGGCCAUGUCACCCACGUCGGAGGAUGCUGAGGCAGAAACUUCAAGAACAUUAGCAGGAGAACUUGUGCCAGUGUCACAGAACUCAGAUCAGACUGUUCCCGUGGCUCAUUCUCCACUCUCCUCCUACACAGAGACCAAACAUGCACGACACGCAUCAGACAUGGACAGCUCAUUGUCAACAGUGGAUGCCAGCUGUGUUACUAGUUCACCUAACAGUUGUGUUGAUGGGAUCAAACAGGAGGACUGUGGAUCAUCGUCAACCUCAUCAGAAAGUAGCGGUGCUGCCUCCGGUGUGCCUGUCAUCCUACAAAUUCAGCCCAUACAGAUCAAACAAGAACCGAACCCCAGUGCCAUAUCAGAUGCUGCCACACAGCAGCCCCAGAAAACCCAGUCACCAGCAGCCCAGACGCCUUCAGACAUCAAAAUCGCCCAGCUCCUGGUCAACAUCCAGGGGCAGACCUUUGCCUUGGUGCCUCAGCUGCUUUCCACAGCGAACGUUUCGAGCUCGAGCAAAGCCGGAAGCGCGGCUUUGUCCAAAUUUGUCCGGAUCGCACCGGUGCCCAUCGCAGCUAAACCCACUGGGUUCGGAGACGGCGGAUUGGGCGGAGGUUCGGCUGCAGGGGUCCUUGCUGGAGGUCAGAGGUACCAAAAGAGCACGGUAGCAGACCUGAUUAAAAUGCACAAGUGCUCUUUUCCUGGCUGCAAUAAGAUGUACACCAAGAGCAGCCAUCUGAAAGCCCAUCUGAGGAGGCACACGGGGGAGAAGCCGUUCGCCUGCACGUGGCCCGGCUGUGGAUGGAGGUUCUCCCGAUCAGACGAGCUGUCCCGACACCGCCGCUCCCACUCCGGAGUGAAACCAUACCAGUGCAUCGUCUGCGAGAAGAAGUUUGCCCGCAGCGAUCACCUGUCGAAACACCUCAAAGUCCACCGCUUUCCACGAAGCAGCAGGACAGGACGCUCUGCAAACGGACCCCUCUGACCCCGCCGUGACGGACUGACGCUAAACGGGGAAGAAGGACGGGGAGGGGAGCAAGGCUGAGGCUGUGUGCGAGUGUGUGUGUGUGUGUGUGUGUGUGACGAAAGACCGAGGAGGGGUGACAGUCCAAAGACCCUUUAAAGGAGCCUGUGCGGGACUCCUUUUUGCCCGUGUGUGUUUAUGCGCGUGACGUACAUUCAUGGUACUGUGAUAAUUUAUUGGGUGACGAGGAAAAGACUGGAAAAAAAAAAAAAAAAAAAAAAGCAGAAAACUGUUACUUGACACAGCACCCUCACAGGUGGAAUAAGCUUCUUGUAUAUUACAACUUUAUUCUCAAAUCUUUUUUUUUUUUAAUCUCAUUU